UCUAAUCUCCAAUCUUGACCACGAGUGGGCUCGGGGUCAUAUCAAGUUUCAAUUGAGUUAGUUUGCUAUUGAGUCCCUUUCUAUUUUCUGUUUUGCAUUUUAAUCCUCCUUCUUUGAUACCCACAAUAUAUAUAUAUAACAGAAUGAACUCAUUAUUCUUCUCUCUGUAAUUCUUUUUCCCCAUUACAUCAGUUGGAAACCAACACUUUUAUCUUGAAAAUGACGAAACGAAGAAGGUCUCAGGACAGAAUUUCCGAUUUGCCAGAAGAAUCAGUGAACGGUAUUUCCGAUUUGCCAGAAGAAUCAGUGAACGGUAUUUCCAAUUUGCCAGAAGAAUCAGCGAACGAAAUUUCCAAUUUGCCAGAAGAAUCAGUGAACGGUAUUUCCAAUUUGCCAGAAGAAUCAGUGAACGGUAUUUCCAAUUUGCCAGAAGAAUCAGUGAACGAAAUUUCCAAUUUGCCAGAAGAUUCAGUGAACGGUAUUUCCAAUUUGCCAGAAGAAUCAGUGAACGAAAUUUCCAAUUUGCCAGAAGAAUCAGUGAACAGAAUUUCCAAUUCGCCAGUGGACAGAAUUUCGAAUUUGCCAGUGAACGGUAUGUCGAAUUCGCCAGUGAACAGAGUUUCCAAUUCGCCAUUGGACAGAAUUUCGAAUUUGCCAACGGAUAUAAUCCGUGAAAUUCAGUCUUAUCUUCCAUGGAAAGUUGGCGCGAAAUUCAAUAUUUUGUCGAAAAUAUGGCGAAGAAUUUGGGCUUCUCAUCCUAGAAUUAUUUUGGACGAAAUGGAUUUUGGUGCCGACUAUUCAGAAUAUCGUGUUUCAGAUAAAGCUAAAAGAGUUGCCUUCUUGAGUUACUUGAUCAAGUUGUUAGAAAGCCGUAAGAGUCCCUCUGAAUACGAUUGUGAUAUUGACAAACUCUUUCUUCGAAUGACAACACUUGAAGACUCUCCUCCUCCUAAAAAUCUGGUAAAGAAGUGGAUUUGUUUUGCCUUGGAAAAAAACGUUAAAUUGUUAUCUCUUGCUUUAAAGACGAUUUACCCUAAUCAUUACUACCUGCAUGGUAUUGCAUUUUGCUCUACUACAUUAGUUGAUUUAACUAUAUCCGAUUGUCACAUUACGAAUUGUUCAUUCAAGCUUCCUGCUCUUAAGUUUCUCUUUCUAUUCGUUGUUUGCAUUGAGGAUCAUCAUUUCAAGGAUCUCAUUGCUGCUUGUCCUCGAAUUGAAAAACUACGUGUUCUGGAUACUCAAAAAUUGCAUACUAUUGUAGUUUCAAAUCCUCAACUGAAAUCUUUCGGAGUUCAUCUUCCUUGUUCUGAUGGUAAAAUACGUAUAGAGUCCCAAAAUCUUCAUUCACUUGAAUUUAUUUCAUUCAUUGUGGACUUGUGUGAAUUAGAGAUUACUUCCACAACAACCGUAAGAGAGUUGACAUUGCGAAAAGCUUAUCAUCAAGAGACAGUGAUGCAUUUUAUGAAAAAAUUCCCUCUACUUGAGAAACUCAAGAUAGAUGAUUGCACUAUCUUAAGUGAAGCUGAGAUUAAUCCAUUGCCAACAGUACGGAAUUUGACAUUGCGAAGAGCUUAUCAUGAAGAGACAUUGUUGAAUUUUAUAGGAAAAUUCCCUCUACUUGAGAAACUCGAGAUAGAUGAUUGCAGUAUCUUAAGUGAAGCUGAGAUUAAUCCAAUGCCAACGGUACAGAAGUUGACAUUGCGUAAUGUUUGUCAAGAAAAUACGGCAUGGGCGGUUUUUUUAGAAAAAUUCCCUCUACUUGAGAAACUCCUGAUAGAUGAUUGUGAUAUGGUAAGUGAAUUUGAGACUGGUCCAUUGCCAACAGUAAGGAAUCUGACAUUGUGUAAUGUUAGAGAAAAAUAUACGACAUGGACGGAUUUUAUCAACAAAUUCACUCUACUUGAGAAACUGAUCAUAGCUGAUUGUAAGUUGCAAAUGCUUCAUCUUUCUCAACCAAAUUUGGCUAGCUUGGUGCUGAUGGAUUGCAUUGUAGAAGACGAGGUACAAAUAAAUUCAUCCAAGUUAAAAUCGUUGGAGUUCAAGGGUCGUCUCACAAAAAUUAAGGGCAUAGAAGAUCUGAAAGAAUUGGAAUUCGUUAAGGUAUAUUUAGAUCCUGUAAGGCUUUCUAAAUGCUGGUACAGAUGGUUUAGGGAUAUUUUGAAGUCGUGUGCUCGUUCCAAGCAUUUGAGUGUGAUCUGCAAUAGUAAAAAGGUUAUCAUCAAUCCUAAAUAUGUAACAGACAUAUUGCCAGUAACUAAUAUGGAGCAUCUGGAGUUGGAAAUUAUUUCACGUCAUGGUACUUUUGAAGAGGUUAUAGAUGACUUCAUUAGUAUCCUUCCAGAUUUGAAGACUUUGUCAUUGACUUUGGGUUACACCACAAAGUUCUUCCAGUUUAGUAGAGCGGAUAAUGUGCUCUCAGCAAAAGAAGUGCCCAAUCCAAACCUGAUAAGAUUUUGAGAUUGGAGAAGUUGUGCAGCCAAAUAAUUGUUCCAUGAUUUGAAAGAAUGCUUUUGUUCUGCUUCUUUUGACAAAAACUGAUGAAGUUACUGUUUGUUUCUGUACAUUUCGGAGAAGAAAUAUUUUGCUCAUUCAAGGUUGAUUUGCUAUGUUUCAUUACUCUA